AUCAGAUUGUCAUUUGGGCUUCCACUGAAUUUUUAAUUGCCCCAUCCGACGCAGAUAACACAAUUAUUCCGUAGCCGUCGAAGAUGGCGAUUCUUCUCACCCGUCCCUCUUCGUCUUCUCCGAUCGAAAGCAACGAGUUUGAUAACUAAGCGAUCCACAAUCAAUACUUUCGUACCAAUCAUUCAAUACCUCCUUAAUGAUUUCGUUUCACCUCCCUCUCUUCCUCCUCCUUUAUAUGCUAUUCUUCUUUUCUUCGUACUAUCUAAAACCCUAGAACCACUCAGAUCUCAAACCAUGGCGAUGAAGCGAAAUGGAAAAUCUCCUGUCUCAUCCGACACUGACGAAAAAUUCAUGUUCUUCAAAGAUGUCUCUCUAGGUCCUCAUGAAACUCAGUUGCGCUUCCGGCUCAUCCAUUUCUGGGAGGCUCGAAAUCCGGUGAAGAAGACAAUUAUCGGCCUGGAAAUGCUCCUCAUCGACGAGCAGGGAACUAUCAUACAGGGAUUCAUCCCACCAGGACGUAUCAAGAAGUACUUGCCUGAUUUGAAACAAGGGUCAGUUUAUAGGCUCAACAACUUCUACGGGUCGAAAAACAAACCUAUGUAUCGGGUGGCUGAUCAUAUAGCAAUCGUGUCUUUCACAUGGAACUCUGAAUUGUCGGUUCUUCACGAGAUUCCAACCUCUUUCGAUGAAGACCGUUUCAGGUUUCAUUCAUAUGAAGAUUUUGAAGCUAACUGUGAUCUCAAAGGUGACCUCUACGAUGUUGUGGGCCACAUGAAGCUGGUCAAUGGACAUACUCUUAUUGAGCAUCCCACACCUGAUGAAGUGAAGAUCGAUACCACUCGGCACAUUAUGGUUCAUGUGCAGUUGCAUGACGGACCUGUCAUGAAGCUCUACCUUUGGGACCAGGCUGCAGCAGACUUCUGCAAGAAGUUUAACUCAUAUGACAACACUCCCACAGUGCUUUUGGUCACAGCUGUUAACACCAAACGUCUCGGAGGUACCCUUGCACUGACCUCUAUGUCUCCCUCACGGGUUUUCAUGGACUAUGAUGUCCAGCCAACCAUAGAUUAUUUCAACUGGCUCGGCUCAAACCCGGAGAUUGCUAAGCAAGUUAGUGCAGACGUCGUCACCAAGCGUGAGACACUGACUAUAGCAGAUAUAUUCACUUACAUGAAGCAAGAAUCUGCAAAGGAUGCCUUUUUUGAGUGCACUGCUACUAUCGAUGAUGUUGUUCAUGGCUCAGCUUGGUACUAUAUUGGAUGCAGUGGAUGCCAUGCUAAGGCUACCAAAGGCGCAACAUCUUUGGUUUGUACAAAUACGAAAUGUGAGAAGAUCAACACAGAUGGUGUCCCUCAGUACCGUGCAAAGAUAUCUGUUUAUGACAACAGUGACCAAGCCGUUUUUGUCCUACUAGGUGAUGCUGGUCGUGUGUUGACCGGAAGGCACGCAUCAGAGUUAGUUAGCAGCUACUUUGAGGCUAAUGGGAGCGAAGGAGCUGACCAUGAGGUGCCUGUCCCGGAAGCUCUAAUCAGCACUAUCGGACAGACACAUAAGUUUUGUGUGAAAGUUACACAGCACAACUUCUCUGGCGAUACCCGAGCCAUAACUGUCACCAAGAUCCUCUCUCUAGACACACCACCACCCACAGAAGCCUCUGUUGGAAGCAACAUUGCUGCCACGUCCAGGGAGACAGUGCAGACUGAGAAUGAAGUUUGUGAGCCUUCCAAAACCCGUGGUGAUUCUGCAGAUGAGGAGAGUAAGAGGACUUUUGACAGUGCUGAUCCACAGAAAGCCAAACGCCCAAGACGUGAUGAUUAAGCUUCGGUUCAUGGAUGUUUAAGUCUUUGCUUUAUAGUUCAAGUACAGACUUGGUUUUUUUUAAGUUUGCUUCAGUUUAAGUACUAUUUUGGUUUAUCUAAAGACAGUGCGUUGUUUGUUUCUUUCCCUUUCAGACUUUGUCUUUUAAUCUUUGAACUACUUUUUUUAUAAUCACUUCUGUCUUUAUAUUUAUGUUUACUGAUUACUUUAAAUCUGCUUGACUAA